AUGGGCUUCGGGUCAAGCUUUCCUAAACCCAAAGUUGCUAUUCAGGAUCAAAAUUUGCAAGAUUCCCAGCAGCCAAUGCCAGCAGUCAUCAUGCCCUGCAUAUUGUGCGGGCAAGCGACAGACCAGGAAGAGCACUUCGUCACUUGCUUCGAGCAACACUGUCCGGUCUCAACGCCUGUUGCGCCUGUUGUGCCAGUUGUGCCUCGACAACCCGUGCUAUUCCGGCUUGGCAGGUUACCCGCCAGCACGGCAGUUGUAGUUCACAGCUACUUGGACCUCCCUGAGCGCUUGACUCUGGCGUGUGCCUCAAGGCAUGCGAACGUGCUUUGUGAGGAUGAAGAGGCAUGGGGCCAGUACGCCACGAGCUUGUGGGCUGCUUUGUGGGGCUCGGCCGCGGUGCCAGAUGGAAGCUGCGGUUGCCGUUUCAGCUCUCCCCAGCAUGUUAAUUUCAUCAAGCCCAAGGUGAAAGCACUGGGAUUGUGGCACCUUCGGUCUCUCACAAGACUGGAGGUUGUUGUGAAGCUUGUAGAAUGGGAUGACAACGGCACUGGCCGCAAGCGUGCGCGAUUAAUCCUGGAGCCGCAUGCGACCGUCGCAGAUUUAAAGAACCGGCUCAAGCUCAGGACAGGUGUGGGAGGAGACACAAUUGACUUAAUCUACUCGCCGACGCACAAGGUGCUUUCCCAUCAGGAGGCCCCAGCUGCGGCGUAUCUCUGGCUCGCAUUCUGCGGAGAUUCUUGCGCGAGGCGGAGCCCGCGGAGCCCGCCGCUGUUGGAAAUGAUGCUGAAGCUGUUCCCACGGUGCCAUGAGUAUGCUGAGUAUGCGAAGUCGUGA